UACAAAAACUACUGCCGGCGUCGGCAACAGCAAACAAAUUGUUAAAGAAGUAACAAAUUCACAUGUUGUACUUGCUACGUUUAAUAAAUUACAAAUAGAGAAAACUGGUAAGGCAGUAGCUUUAAAAUUACCUGUGGUAACUCGGUGGGGAUCUAUCUUAAAGUGUAUGGAAAGCCUAUGGAGCACCAGACAAAUAUUAAAAAUGCUAGCCACUUUGGAAGACAUCAGUGACAAAUUAAGCACAGCAGUGAAAAAAAAUUGUCUCGAUGAUGACAUAUAUUGGAUGAAGGUUGAGAAGGUAAUGAGAGUUUUGUCACCUAUUGUUAAAUGGAUAACAAGGCUGGAAGGAGAUAACCUGCAAAAUGUCUGAUGUCACAGAAGCCUUUUAUGAACUCCAUGAUGUGUUUCUAAAAGAGGUCCUGGGCUACCAGUCACCAAAAAAGAGGAAGAAAUGCUAAUCAAAAACCUAAGUGAUCGAAAGAGCAAAGUCGUUUGCGGAGCGCAUUUAGCUGCUCAUAUUUUAAACCUGAAAUAUCAAGGAAUACAUUUGUCACCUGAGGAACACUCCGAUGGGAUACAAUUUACUAAUACACUGGCUGCCACUAAUGAAAAUUUUCGUCUUCAAGAAAGUGCAAUCGCCGUUGAAUUAGCUCAAUACAUAGCACAUACCAAAACAUUUGCGAAGCCCUAUUUAUGGGGCAUUGUUGGCAAAAUAGAUCCUGUAAUGUGGUGGCAGGGUUAUUGCUCGAAAACAGCUAUCAAGGAUUUAGCAGUAAGCAUUUUGACGCUUCCGCCAUCGUCAGCCGCGACUGAGCGAACAUUUAGUAGGUAUUCGUUAGUCCAUACUAAACGUCGAAAUCGUUUGACGGCGAAGGGAGCGGGAAUGCGAACCCAUAUUGCCUGUAACCUUAAUCUGAUGGCCAAAGAGUCCCAAAGACAAGGUGAAUCAAUGACAAUGGAGGUAAACCAACCUCAAUCCUUGGAUCCUUCCACGUCCACACAGACAGCUCCUCCUCUGGGUGAUCAGGUCCAUGAUUUAUUAUUAACAUUAGAAUCUGAGAAUUCAGAGACUGAUGAGUCCAAUGACGAAGAGAGCAGAGCCUACAGUGUUCACGAUUUCGAUUCCAAUAGUAGCAUUGGGCCAGAAAGUUUAGAUAGGCUUGACUACUCUUGAUCUUGAUAUUGAUCCACAAUUAGAGCACCUGAGUUAGGUUAAAACUGUAUUUUUGGUUUAUUGCA